GAUCUGUCAAGACGAAUAAAUACUUCAAAUUUAUUUUCAUCAAUCCGCAAUUCCAUUUUAUUGUUUUCAGUGAUAGACACGUGCGGUUUAACAAUUUCAACGGUUUUCCAAAAAUUCUUCACAGGUUUUUGCCGGCAGCGCUAAUUCUUUUACUUAACCUCAAUUUGUUUAACAACUGAUCACAAUGACUGAAGUCGAAACAAAAGUUGCUUCCACCGAGGAAACUAGCAAAACGGAAGAGGAUGCUCCAGUGGCACCUGAGGAGGAUAUUGCGGAUGCAGCUGCUCAAGGUGCAAUCGAUGAUACUGCUCAUGUUUCCACAGAUGAUGAAACGCCAGAUUCAAAAGGCCAAACGCAGGAAAACGUUUCCAAACUAGAAGCUUCGAUCAUUCGUCAGUUGGAGUACUACUUUGGAGACGCCAACCUGUCGCGAGAUAAAUUCUUGCUUGAGCAAAUCUCGAAAGAUGAUGGUUGGGUGUCGUUGGAUGUGCUGCUGACGUUCAAGCGCCUGAAGACACUGAGCGAAGAUAAAAAAGUAAUUGUUGAUGCGAUUGAGAAGUCUGAUGAGGGUCUUAUUGAGAUUAGCGAGGACCGUUUAAAGCUGAGACGCCACCCGGAAAGACCGGUGCCGGAGCAGAAUGAGGCAACCAGGAAGGAAAUUUACGCACGGACAGUGUAUGUUAAAGGAUUUGCUUCAGAGGACGGUACUCAAAUGAACGAGCUAAUUGAGUUCUUCGAACCGUUUGAAAAGGUUAGCAAUAUCGUGAUGCGUAAGUAUCACGAUAAGGCAACGAAAAAAUAUCUGUUCAAGGGUAGUGUCUUUGUUACCUUUGCUACUAAGGAGCAAUGUGCUGAGUUCCUGGGUAAGGAGAAAAUUGAAUACAAAGGAAAGGAGCUGAUUUGCAAAAUGCAGGACGACUAUUUCGAAGAGAAAAAAGCGGAACGAAAGAAAAAAGAUAAAAAGAAGCAGGAGGAAAAGUUGGAUAUUUCCCACCUUCCGAAGGGGGCUUGCGUUCAUUUGGAUGGUUUCGGGAAAGAAACAAGCCGGGAGACAAUUAAGGAGACGAUUUUAAAAAUGGACGAAUCUCUGGAGGUUGCUUUUAUUGAUUAUCAGAAAACUGAUAACAAUGGAGUCGUACGGUUUGCGGCUGAAGGCAAUGGCAAAAAGUUUGUUGAAAAAUUGACCGACAACAAGAUCAAAAUCGACGAGCAAGACAUCACUGCUCGCUUACUAGAGGGUGAUGAGGAGAUCGAGUUCUUGCGGAAGGUCGUAAAGGAUCAGCAAGCUCGUCGACAGGCCAAUAACGCAUGGAAGAAGGGCCGCCAGCAGAAGGGAGGUAAACACAACAGAAACAGCAAUAACAGUAAUGACAAGAAGCGAAAGCACGAAGGGGAAAAUGCUGGAGAGGAACCUGCCAGUAAGAAAACAGUAAAGGAAGUAGAUGCCUAAUACUUUUCCUGAACGUUGUCCUAGAUUGAUAAGAAUAUGUAUUUUCACGAUAGGUGGUAACAUUUAACAAGGGCAAUUUAAAUUUGAGUCUCCGAAUAUAAUUUCGGAAUUGUUUUUUUUGUAUUUUAAGCACUUGAAGUUUAAAUAUCUCCGAUAUUAGUUUAGUUUUUUUGCUAAUAAGAAUAUAACAUUGACGGAUUACCGUAACAGGAAGUGCUACCCUGAAAAUUCCCA